AUGGAGAAAAUGGGUGCGAGUGGAAAGAGAUAUGGAGUUUUGUUAUGUGCGGAUGAUUCAGACUAUGUGAAGAAAAUGUACGGAGGGUAUUUUGGGGUAUUCGUGAAAAUGUUGGAGGAAGACGGUGAGGUUUGGGACGUGUACAAGGUGGCGCGUGGAGAGUUUCCUAAGGAAGAUGAAUUGGUUCUUUACGAUGGUUUUGUCAUCACUGGCAGUUGCAGUGAUGCACAUGGAAAUGACACAUGGGUCUGUAAACUCCUCAUUUUGCUUAAGAAAUUGAACAACAUGAACAAAAAAAUCCUCGGCAUUUGCUUCGGUCAUCAGAUACUUGGUCGUGCUUUGGGAGGAAAGGUGACUCGGUCACCAACUGGCUGGGACCUUGGUGUCAGAAAAAUAACACUGUCAUCUUCCUUACCAUCACCGUUGUCUUCUCUUCAACUUCCUUCAAGGCUCUCCAUUAUUGAGUGUCACCGGGAUGAGAUUCGAGAGCUACCUGCCAAGGCUGAAGUGAUUGCCAAGUCAGAUAAGACUGGAAUUGAGAUGUUUAGAUAUGGAGAUCAUAUAAUGGGAAUUCAAGGUCACCCUGAGUAUUCUAAAGACAUUCUUUUCAAUAUUAUUGACCGUCUUAUUCAACUAAAUUACAUCACGGAAAAUUUGGCUGUGAAAGCAAAGGAAAAGGCUGGAAUGUGGGAGCCAGAUAAGGAGGCAUGGAAGAAACUGUGCAUCACAUUUCUGAAGGGUUUUUAUUGUGAAAAAAAUGGUGUAGAAAAAAUCAGUAUGGGUGGUGUAUUCUGA